GACGUCAUUAAAGAUGGCUGCCAAAGUUGGUACGAUUUUUCUCAGACAACGCAAGAUCGGUGAUUUUCGAGGUCUACGCUGGCUUGAUUUAGCGUACAAUCAGACCCCGAGGCAUGGCUGUGUGUGCUACAGCAGUCUCCCACAGGAGAAGAAAGACAAGAUAACCCAGGGGCCAGGUCUGGGGGACUUCAUCAGUGGUGAUGUGGAGAAAACAGACACUUGGGACGAUUACAUGGGUAAACUCAAGCUAGAAAAGGGAGACAAGAGAUUGAGACUGCCUCCCUGGUUAAAGCGAGAAAUCCCAAUUGGUAAGAAUUACCAUAAUCUCAAGGGAACACUGAGAGAGCUCAACCUUGCAACAGUGUGUGAGGAAGCAAAGUGCCCCAACAUAGGAGAAUGCUGGGGUGGGGGAGAAGACAAAACAGCCACUGCAACUAUCAUGGUAAUGGGGGACACCUGCACAAGAGGCUGCAGGUUUUGUUCAGUGAAGACAGCAAGGCGUCCUCCCCCGCUGGAUCCAAAUGAGCCGGUUCACACGGCUGAGGCCAUCUCCAGAUGGGGGGUGGACUACAUCGUCAUAACCUCAGUGGACAGGGAUGAUGUAGCCGAUGGUGGAUCAAGUCACUUUAGUCAGUGUGUGAAGGAGAUAAAGAAAAGGUCUGCUGCUCUCUUUUGCAUUGAAGUUACAUGGGUGGAUUGUCUCACCCUCGGCCAGUACAUGCAGCCCACCAAGAGACACCUCAAGGUCCAGGAAUAUGUGACUCCUGCCAAGUUCAAACACUGGGAGGAUGUUGGGGGUGAGAUGGGGUUUGCCUAUACAGCAAGUGGACCCCUCGUCAGGUCUUCUUACAGGGCAGGUGAAUUUUACAUAAAGAACCUCCUAACUAAGAAGAGAACUGAGGCCACCAUGGAUACAACCAGUCAAGAGACAUGACCAUUAUGGGUGGAAGUAUCCAAUGUGAUGAUAGUAUCUAACUAGUGGUGACCAAGAGUUAAAAAUCACAAAAAUCCAUCUUGCUAGUAACUAUAAGUAACCCUAUAACUGUUGUUAUAUGUACAAAUUUUAGGGUUGGAGAUCUUGUAUGGGAGUUAUGAAUAUGAGGUAUGUUUUUGUCUGUUCGUAAACAUAAAAAUAUGUGAUAUUAUUGGUGAUGAUAAUAUAAAAAGAUGGUAGAACAUCGAAAAGUACAUGUAUAUCAAGAUGAAAUAUUAUCUUGAAAGUUCAACUGUGUUGGUCAUUAUGAACAAGAUUGAACUGUAAUUGCCAGCACAAAAAAUUGGACUCACCCAAAUUUUCGAUGAGAUAUUGUUAUGGGGAUGGGUGUAUGGUAGAUUAUUGUGCAGUUUCUGUGUGCUAAAUAGACAUGGAGCUAAGAAUACAUGCUGUAUGGGGAGCAGUGUGUUUGAAGAGCCUCCUGUCAAUGAUGGGGAGAACUGCAUGAACUUUAUGACAAAUGUAUGGCAAAAAGGAUUGAAUAAACUGGAAACUGAACUUUUUUCCAUCCUCUUUACUGUCUCGUGUUUUUUUUCAAAUGGUAAACAAGAGACCUGCUACAUUUUGGCAAUGACACUCAUUUUUAUAAGUACAUGUAACGUUAACUUUCCUUUUAAGAUCGAUCAGAAAAGUCUACUUUAUCACAUUCAAGAUGGAACAUUUGAUGCCUUGUACAUUUAUGUGUCCAGUACUACUGAAAGCAAGGCUAGUGCCAUGUUACUGAUAAACAUCUACAUACAAUGUUAAAAUAAAAACAUGAAUGCUAGUAUUUUUGCUGCAAGUAGUAUUAGUACACGUAGUAAGGACAGGCAAUCAUGAUUUUAAGCAUGAUAUCCCUUUUAGGGGUCAAAAAACAAUGUGUGUUUAGUGAUAUGUUAUUUUAAAACAUGACGUACUCAUGUCAUUUUGCAGCAGUUUUACAAAAUGCUGUCGACACCUUACCGUUAAUAAUACUACAAAUAUUGUCACAUGAACAAGCACAUAGAACAAAAUUUGUGGAGACACAAAAUGAUAUUCAUUAAUUGACUUGUGUGGCCAUAUUCAAAAUAACAGCAGAUAUAUAUGAACAUGUACCGGUAGUACCAAACAUGUACCGGUAGUACCAAACCCUUAUCCAAAGUUGAAACAAGCCCAUGCCCUAUAAAAUAUAAAAGCUGGACCAUACUGGCACAAUGUCUUAUAAUGUUCACAAUACGCGUAUGUACGUACAGUGCUAGCUUCUUGCUUCCACAAAACUUUCAGUCUAUUGACAUGGCACAUACUGUACGUAGAGCAACUGCCAUCAUCUCAUCGGUAACACUCUCUAUUGCACUUUUUGGCGACGUCUCAGGGAGGAGCCUAAUGGUACAGUAUUGUGUGCAGUUUGCAAGAAUUCUAGGAAUGGCGCAGGCAUUUUGUCCACAGGCAUGGAAUGUCCACAGGCAUUUCUCUGACCCAC